CGCCCCGGCCUCUCCCCCGCUCGCCCCCCACCGCCCCCGACCGCCGGAGCCCGCAGCCGGGAGCACGACCGCCCCCGCCGCCGAGGUUCCUGCCUAAAGAUCAGCUGGGUGCCCCCUUCUGCCUGCUAUCCCCUCCAACGCCAGCACCCCAUCACCAUGCACUCCUUGGACGAGCCGCUUGACCUGAAGCUGAGCAUCACCAAGCUCCGAGCGGCGAGAGAGAAGCGGGAGAGGGUGCUGGGUGUGGUCCGGCACCGCACUCUGCAAAGGGAGCUGGGCCUGGUGGAUGAUAGCCCCACACCUGGCUCCCCAGGCUCCCCACCCUCAGGCUUCCUGCUGAACCCCAAGUUUCCUGAGAAGGUGGAUGGACGCUUUUCUGCAGCCCCUCUGGUGGACCUCAGCCUGUCACCACCAUCUGGACUGGACUCCCCCAAUGGCAGCAGCUCACUCUCCCCCGAGCGCCAGGGCAAUGGGGACCUGCCUCCAGUGCCCACUGCCCCGGACUUCCAGCCACUGCGAUAUCUGGACAGUGUCCCCAGCUCCUUCCAGUUCUUCCUACCCCUGGGCUCUGGGGGGGCCCUGCAUCUGCCUGCUUCCUCCUUCCUCACACCCUCCAAGGACAAGUGCCUCUCGCCAGAGCUGCCCCUGCCCAAGCAGCUGGUGUGUCGCUGGGCCAAGUGUAACCAGCUCUUCGAGCUCCUGCAAGACCUGGUGGACCAUGUCAAUGACUAUCACGUCAAGCCUGAGAAGGACGCAGGGUACUGCUGCCACUGGGAGGGCUGUGCCCGCCAUGGCCGUGGCUUCAACGCCAGCAGGUACAAGAUGCUCAUCCACAUCCGCACGCACACCAACGAGAAGCCGCACCGCUGCCCCACCUGCAAUAAAAGCUUUUCUCGCCUGGAGAAUCUGAAGAUCCACAACCGGUCCCACACAGGUGAGAAGCCCUAUGUCUGUCCCUAUGAGGGCUGCAACAAGCGCUACUCCAACUCGAGUGACCGCUUCAAGCACACUCGCACCCACUACGUGGACAAACCCUACUACUGCAAGAUGCCUGGCUGCCACAAGCGCUACACAGACCCCAGCUCUCUGCGCAAGCACAUCAAAGCCCAUGGCCACUUCGUGUCUCACGAGCAGCAGGAGCUCCUGCAGCUACGCCCACCCCCUAAACCACCACUGCCCACCCCUGACAGCAGCCCCUAUGUUAGUGGGGCUCAGAUCAUCAUUCCCAACCCUGCUGCCCUCUUUGGAGGCCCCAGCCUGCCUGGCCUGCCCCUGCCCCUGGCCCCUGGCCCCCUCGACCUCAGUGCCCUGGCCUGUGGCAAUGGCGGGGGUGGUGGGGGUAUUGGCCCUGGGCUGCCAGGCCCUGUUCUGCCCCUCAAUCUGGCCAAGAACCCACUGCUGCCCUCUCCCUUUGGGGCUGGUGGACUGGGCCUGCCUGUGGUCUCCCUCCUCACUGGCUCCGCUGGCGGCAAGGCAGAGGGGGAGAAAGGGCGUGGGUCAGUGCCCAGUAGGGCCCUGGGCACAGAGGGCUGCAAGACUCCCCUCGAAAGGACGGAGAGCAGCCGCUCCCGGCCAAGCCCCGAUGGACUCCCCCUGCUUCCAGGCACUGUGCUGGACCUGUCCACAGGCGUCAACUCAGCAGCCAGCAGCCCAGAGGCACUAACUCCUGGCUGGGUGGUCAUCCCACCAGGCUCUGUGCUACUCAAACCAGCUGUAGUGAACUGAGCCUGCUUACCUACCUACCAGCUAUGACAGCUCAGCCAGCAGCUCUGGGCCCCACCCUGACGAACAGAAACUCUUCUGCGAAAUAGCAAUAAUGUCCUACUGCCCUGGGGCCUGGUGGUCUGUGCUCCCUGGGAAGCUGCAGUCCCAGAUGAGUUGGGCAGCAAGGAUGGUGCUAGAAGGUCAUUGUUGCCUUCCCAGGUCCCAAGUGAGGACUUGGCCCUGACCAUGCUCUUGGGUGCUGAGGCCUUGCUCACCCUUAGGCCCCUGCCCCACAGCUUCUGAGGCCCUCUGCCCAUCCUCCACCAGACUCUUAGUCCUUGGUUUCCCACCCUGGUGCCUCCUUCAUCCCAGGGCCAACUUGAGCAGGUUGUCUUCCCUCACUUGCCCGCUUAUCAGCCACAGAGGCCAGCAGCGACUGCUUCCCAACACUGGGAGCAGGCAAAGUAGCAUCUGCCCUCCUGCUGGUCCGGACCACCCCCAACUUCAUGUGAUGAGCUGUGAGGAGCCCCCACGGGGCCACAGCACCCCUGCAGUCUCACCCUAGACCCCUUUCCCUCUGGCCUACCCCCUGGAGGGAGAGAAGAUAAGAUGCAGACCCUGGCUAAGCCACAGGAAGAAGCCAUGCUGUUCCCCACCCACCCCUAUGACAAGGUGCCUUCCUGCUCGCUAGAGAAGGGAGGCCUGCUUGGUCAGCUGCCGUCAUCCCUCAUUCAGCCUGAAUCAGACUGCACUGCCAGAGGGCCAGCAACAUUCCCAGGUGAAGGGCCAGCUGACCACUCACUUGCCCCUAUACCCUGGAAUGAUCUGACUCAGGCAUCCUGAGCGUAUGGGAAACAUGGAGCCAGGGAAGGAAGGUGUCAGAUGGACAGUCCUCGUGCUAGGACUUAAUCCAAGCCCAACAGGCAGGGCCAGACCAGGCUCCAUCUUGGUCAUCCCAGCUGGGACUGGCCUCAUGGAGAUGCCUACAGGGCACUGGUACUGAGGCAAGAGGCAGCUUCUGGUCUUAAGGCACCAAGACAGCAUGCAGGGGAGGAAGUAGAGGGAGCUUUCUGGCCAUUGACUGAGGCCUGGGUCUGUGGGAGACUGGGCAGCCAAGCAUGGCUACGGGAAGGCCCAGCCCCUCUGCCUGGGAAGAGCUGGCUGGAGGAAGGAGCUGGACUUGGGAUGUUGUUGCCUCUGGCUUUUUCUCAGUUGAGCCUGAUCCUAAGAGACUCCCACUCAGCCAGCUCCCCUAGGGUCUAGCUACUAUGCAGGGGCAGAGUAUGCCAAGGAUAUAGGAUAUUGAUCCCACUGCCCAAUCUCCAGAAGCUAGGCUAUCCCAGCAUGUCCCACUCAACCAACCCUGGGCCUUUUGUUCCCUUCCUGCCAGCAGCUGGGAGCUCUGGCUUCUAGAGCACCUUUGUCACUAGUCUGCAAAAUGGCCAAUCCUCUCCAAUUCCCCACCCAUAGAACAAAAGAGCCACCAGAUGGCAGUGGGGUCCUCCAUAGCCCUGUGGUUCCUCUGAGCAGUUCUGAUCCCACUCUUUCCUGGACUGCCCUUCUGUCCCAGAAGGGUCACCCUGACCUGGCAGUCCCUGCUGCUGGUCUUAGAACCCCAGUCCUGACAGGGCCUGGCCAUGCUGGCUCUGCCCCUUGAUGGGGCUGUGAGCAAGGUAGAAAGGAGCAGGUCUCCUUUCUUUGGGUCCACCCUGGACCCAAGCACCCCCCCUCAUCCCUGUUAGGGCCCUAGGCCUUCAGUCCCUAGCUUGGGGGAUGUAUGGUUUGACUCAAGCCCAGGAGCAGAGGAAUAGGGCACUGGAAGGUGACAUUAGCUCAGCAUGUGAUUGGUGAUAGACCAGGCUUGGAAGGGCCAGUAUACUUUUCGUUGUUGUUGGUUUAUUGUUGCACAUUCCAGGAUAUCAGUAUUUUAACAGGUUCUAAGUGCCUUUCUAUUGUAGCUUAUGUUUUUCCUCCUCUUGGCUCCAUUGCUGUUAGCAUAGAGUUUAAAAAAGAGAUAAGCUAAUGACUAUAACAAUAUAUUCCUCCAUGUGAGAGGAAGUUUAUAAAGAAACAAUAAAAGUGAGUUGCAAA